UUCCGUCGGACGUACGCACUUCCGGCCGCCUGGAGCCAAUGACGGCGCGGCCGCGGGUGUUCCCCUCGCUGGCGUCCGGGCUGCGGGUCGUCCGGCGAAGGACUCGGGCCGCUUUGCUCUGAGGACGCGACGCCUUAGCUUCUUGGACUUCCCUUUGCAGUGUGAGUCCUAGCUGAGCAGUUACUUCCCCCGAGGGGCUGAUAAGCCUUUGACGAAGACAACCCGGGAGGUGCCAGAGUGUGCCGCUCAGAUCCAGCGCCGUCAGGGUCCUAGCAUGGAAAAUCCCCAGAAGACAGAAGUGGUUCUCCUGGCCUGUGGCUCCUUUAACCCAGUCACCAACAUGCACCUGCGGCUGUUUGAGCUGGCCAAGGACCACAUGAACGCAACAGGAAAAUACAGGGUUAUCAAAGGCAUCAUUUCUCCCGUUGGCGACGCCUACAAGAAGAAAGGUCUCAUCUCUGCCCAUCACCGAGUGAUCAUGGCACAACUUGCCACCCAGACUUCCAGCUGGGUGGAAGUGGACACCUGGGAAAGUCUGCAGAAGGAGUGGGUGGAGACUGCCAAGGUGCUAAGACACCACCAGGAGAAGCUGGAGGCUAGGGGCUGUGAGCAGCAGGACUCCCCUGUGCUGGAGAGGCCUGGCCGGAAGAGGAAGUGGGCUGAACAAAGAUCAGAAUUGAAUCAGAAGAAGACCCUAGAGCCGCAAAGAAAAGACGUGCCCGAGGUCAAGCUGCUGUGCGGGGCAGACCUGCUGGAGUCCUUCGGUGUCCCCAACCUGUGGAAGCGCGAGGACAUCGCCAACAUCGUGGGGGACUACGGGCUCGUCUGCGUCACCCGGGCUGGAAACGACGCUCAGAGGUUCAUCUACGAAUCGGAUGUGCUGUGGAGACACCAGGCCAACAUUCACCUGGUGAACGAAUGGGUCACCAACGACAUCUCGUCCACGAAGAUCCGGCGAGCCCUCCGAAGGAGCCAGAGCAUCCGCUACUUGGUCCCAGACCUCGUCCAAGAAUACAUCGAGAAGCAUAAUUUGUACAGCGCCGAGAGCGAGGAGAGGAACGUCGGGGUCCUCCUGGCGCCGCUGCAGAGAAACACGGCCGCCACUAACUCACGAACCACCACAGCGUGAAGCUGCGCGCCGCCCCUGGGGGCUCUGAAACUGUCUGGGUGUCAGCAGUUUGAUUGAUUUGAGCCAGAGAGAGCAGCUGGGGGAAGGAAUUGUGAUCCUCUUUCAUCCAUUGAAACUUGAAAGUUUGGUAAAAAUCGGCAGUAAAUUAAAAUCAGGUUUAUUUUUUUUUUCUUU